AAUUACUACGGCUGGUGUUCAGACUAUUCUCGAAGUAUUUGGAGUCCCCCUUGGUUUUAAGAAGCGAUUUAGAAAUGUUAUGGCCACGUCUUUACAAAAAGAUCGGUAGGUUCUUUCAUAUCUGAGAACAAUAGCAAACCCCCAAGAGACCUUGACGUCCGUGUGUUAUUAAGCGCAGAAGUGCCGUCCGCUCUUAAGACACACUCAAGACUCUCUCUUUGAAUCGAGAGGUUGUUUGUUUUGUUGUCGUUACCGAAGGACACAGGGGAAAACUGUAUUCUAGUUUUUAUUUGGAGUUACCAUUAUUCCCGUCUGUAACCAUGAAGAAAAGACGCAACGGGGCCCAUGUACACCAUCACACUUUGAAAACCAUUCGAGCUGUUGUUCUGGGAAAAGAUGGCGUUGGAAAAUCAGCUCUCACAGUCCGGUUCCUGACCAAACGUUUCAUUGGCGAUUACGACAGUACAUUGGAGGCAACUUACAGGCAUCACUUGUUAGUUGAUGGCCAAUUUGUGUCCUUGGACAUCAUGGACACAGCAGGAAAGAAUUCCACGGAAAAGAUGCAAAUGUGUAUGUCUUUCGCGGAGCUCUUCUUUGUUGUCUACUCGACAACUGAUCGCACCUCCUUUGAAGAAGCAUCACUUCUGGCUCGUUACAUCCUACAAGGAAAACCCCUGGGUCCUGCCGGCCCCACCAUAAUGAUAGUGGGAACAAAGGCCGACCUCGAGUUCGCCCAAGAAGUCGAAGAACAAGAAGGAAGGUUGUUGGCCGAAGAAUUAGGCUGCGGAUUUUAUCAGGUGUCCAGUGCAGAGGGUUAUUUGGAGACACAAGAGCUGCUAUUUGAUUCAGUAAAACGUUGCUUCGACAAAAGUAAAGCUUCGACGUUGUCAAGAGUAAAAGAAGGAAUUGUAGAAACGGCGAAGUCAUUCCGAAAGAGAUCACUUGGCCACGAAGUGGCUAAGGCCCAGCGCGAGAGGUUGCAGUUGAGACCCAGGUCAUUCAGCGAUGCUGAUCCUAUCCACGAGGCUUCUAAGCCUAAAUCUUCCAGUCAUGAAGAUUUAUCCCAAGAUGGAGAUUGCCAUCGAAAUUCAGUUGUAUCGACGGCAAGUUUUUAAGUAUUCCUUGUAUUUUAAAGUAUUCCUUGAAUGAAAUUUAAAGAAGCAAAGGCAAGGCCAUGAGGGCAUCAAAAAUUGUCACACGACACAGAAACGCAGAUUAAGAGGGAGGACGAAAAUUCAAGAGGAAUCCAAUGACAGCAAGUCGAUAGCUUAAUUUAAGCCGAAAUUUUGAUGAUCCAGUAGUGGGAUUAGUUGAAGAUACCAAAAGAAACUUAUCAAUAACUGUAAUUUUAGCUGUUUAAUACGAUUCUUUUACAUGUAAAAUAAAAUAAAAUUCCCAUGGUAUAUCCACUGAUCACAUUUCUUGGAAA